AUGAAGAAGUAUGGGAAUACAAAAGUGAAGACUGCUUCACAGAAUACAGAGGAUAAGUCUAGCAUAUCUUUCUCGAAAAUGAUAAAACAAUCUUGGAAAAAAAAAUUGCCAGGUAACAGCAGUGGUGAUGUGAAUAAUAAAUAUAAAUUGCGAUAUGAUGUAGAAACAGGUAGUCGACUGGGUGAUGAUCCCAAAGUCGAAGCCUUGACAGAUAAUAAUGACUACAACCUUUAUUCUACAACUGUAUCAAUCAAUAGUACUAAAGAAUCAAAGGAUUUGCAGACAUUGGUUCCAGCACAUACAGUCACGCAGCAUAGUCUGCAUCAGGGUCCUGAAAGUUUGACUGACUCAAUUACAUCAGCUCCCAUUUCUAAUAUUUAUUAUGACUCCAAUGAGACACCAGAUUAUACCACAGAUCUUAGUAGAACCGCUACAAAAAGUAUGCAGAGUUCGACAUUUAAUACCUCAGGAAAGGACCAAAGAAAACAGUCAGUAAGUUAUGCAACUAUGGCCCCUCCAAGGCGUACUCUUUCACAUAUUAGUUCAAAAAAUACCUACUCUCCCAUUUCAACCAAUCUUGCCCCAUCUAGAAAUAGUAAUAUAUCUGAUCUAAAACAAUAUGAAGAACUGCAAGCUCAAUUACCUAAUAGAUUAUUCAGAGACAGGUCUAUAUCAGAUAUUUCGGAUGGUGGCGUAGCGUUCCCAUGUAUUACAAUUAACUUUGGCAAAGAAUGUCCUGAACCAAAAUGCGAAAGAAACUAUGACAGUAGUGAUAACUAUUCGAAUGUAUCAGAAAAAUUCUCAGAAGAGAACAACAGCAAGAUUGUAAAUAGCGAAGACACUGUGCGUUCUACUAAUGCGUUUCAUUCCGAUAUCAAUGAAGAUUCCAAUGACAUAAUACUAAAACGCAAUAAUGAAAUGGCUCCAAUUAGAUCAAAAAAAUUACAAGCGAAAAUAUAUCAUAAAAGAUUUUGCGAAAUAAAGGUAGGACCAAAAUCUUUUGAAAAAGUUAGAUUGCUUGGACAAGGUGAUAUUGGUAAAGUAUAUCUGGUACGUGAAAAAAAAACAAAUAAACUUUUUGCAUUGAAAAUUCUUAGUAAAUCUGAGAUGAUUAAAAGGAAGAAAGUAAGACGAAUUUUGACAGAACAAGAAAUUCUAGCUACUAGUGAUCAUCCAUUCAUUGUAACAUUAUAUCAUACUUUUCAAACAAAGACUUAUUUAUAUAUUUGUAUGGAAUAUUGCAUGGGAGGAGAAUUUUUUAGGGCACUUCAAACAAGAGAAAAUAAGUGUAUUUCUGAAAAUGCGGCUCGAUUUUAUGCAAGUGAGGUUGUAGCAGCAUUAGAAUAUUUACAUUUACUUGGCUUUAUAUACCGUGAUUUAAAACCCGAAAACAUUUUAUUACAUAAGUCGGGUCAUAUUAUGCUGGCUGACUUUGAUCUUUCAAUACAAUCCCAAAGUGAUAGCGAACCGGUGAUUGAUAGUCUAACUAAUAAUGCAUACAUUGACACAAAGAAGAUAUCCGAGGGCUUUAGGACAAAUUCAUUUGUUGGAACGGAAGAAUAUAUAGCACCUGAAGUUAUUAGGGGAAAUGGACAUACAACUGCUGUUGAUUGGUGGACUUUGGGUAUAUUAGUUUACGAAAUGUUAUAUGGUUAUUCUCCAUUUAAAGGUAGAAAUACAAAUGAAACAUUUAGUAAUAUUAUAAAAGAGCAGGUCUCAUUUCAAGGUCAUGAUAUUUCCAAGACAGGGAAAGAUCUGAUAAAAAAACUGUUGAUCAAAAAUGAAAUAAAGCGUCUUGGUUCUAAGCAAGGUGCAGCAGAUAUCAAAUCUCAUCCCUUUUUCAAGAAUACACAAUGGUCAUUUUUGAGAAAUAGAGAGCCUCCACUGAUACCAAUUCUAACAGAUGAAGGUUUUGAAUUGAAAAAUUCUUUGAAAGCUAAAGAAAAAGUUGACAAGAAAGAUGACCAGCCUAAAACUGACUUUGAAACCAAAGCCUUUGACGGUGAAGUCAGUCUUGAUGAAGAUAUUCCCAUGAAAGACCCCUUCAGUGAUUUUAGUUCAAUGACCUUGAUUAAAGAUAACUAUGAUACGGCAAUCCCGUACAAAAAAUGUGACUCUUAUGGAGUCAUUUUUUAUAAAAAGAAUAAGAAUUUUUUGAGUACAACUGCUCCAAAAGGUUUCUUCAAUAGAUAA